GAAUAUAAUUGCCAGACUGGAUCAGAGCAGUGGUCCAUGUAGUCCAGUGCCCUGUUGCUGACUGUGGGCAAAACCGCAUGCCGCGUAAGAUGGUGUGUAAACCCAGCAUGAGCCUGGUAGAGGGAAGAGAGUCUGUAUAGUGACAGCUUCUGACGUUGCAUUUCCCUGCUGCAGUGACCGCUUGUGUGGGGGCACACCGGAGAUAGAUGACGCUGCAUUGAUUUGAGAGUGUCAGAGUGAUACUGAAAGCGAGCAGAGCUUGGAUAGUCUGGAGGUUUCUGCUUAGGACAGAAAAUUCUAAGGGUCAUGAAGGUGAACAUUUUGGAACGGGAAAUAUUUUCUACCAGAUGGGCCCGAUGGGGAGAGGGCAACUUAGCCUGAACUGAUGUAGCACAGAACCUAAUAUCCAGCUCAGAUGCAUUCUCUUCUUUCACUGAGCACAUUCAUAGCUGCUUUGGGACCUACAAUACAUUGCACUCUUUUUAAAUAAGGAAAUUCCCACCCCUGAGGAAAAAUAAGAAAAUGAGAGAGGAGAUCUGGGAACCAACCUUUGAGCUUCUGACAUGAAGAAAGAUCUAGAGACCUUAAUAGCACAGGAAAGAGCAGAGAUCCUCGCCAAGUAUGAAAAGGGAAGGCAGGAAGGAGCUCAUAUUGACCCAUGGGAAGAUGCUGACUUCACCCUGUAUAAAGUCACAGACAGAUUUGGAUUUCUGCAUGAGCAUGAGCUGCCAAUCCGCAGUGCAGUGGAAGAGAAGCAAAAGCUGCAGGAGAUUGAACGAGUGGACAAAUGGCUGAAGAUGCUGAAGAAAUGGGGCAAAUACAGAAACAGUGACAAGAUGUUCCGCAGGGUUUACAAAGGGAUCCCCCUGCAGGUGCGAGGCCAGGUCUGGUCACUCCUGCUGGACAUCGAGAAGAUGAAGACUGAGAAUGAAGGAAAGUAUGAGAAAAUGAAAGAACAAGCCAGGAGCUUCUCAUCAGAAAUCAAGCAGAUAGACUUAGAUGUCAACCGCACCUUUCGAAACCACAUCAUGUUCCGGGAUCGCUAUGGAGUCAAGCAGCAAGCGUUGUUCCAUGUCCUUUCAGCAUACUCUGUUUACAACACGGAAGUGAGCUACUGCCAAGGGAUGAGUCAGAUUGCUGCCAUCCUGCUGAUGUAUUUGAAUGAAGAGGAUGCCUUUUGGGCACUGGCACAACUACUGACCAAUCAGAGACAUGCAAUGCAUGGGUUUUUCAUUCCUGGGUUCCCAAAGCUGCAGAGAUUUCAGGCCCAUCAUGAGCAGAUUUUAAGCAAACUAUUUCCGAAGCUGAAGAAGCACAUGGACAAGGAGCAGAUGACAACGGGGAUUUACACAACCAAGUGGUUCCUGCAGUGCUUCAUUGACCGGACUCCCUUCACGCUCACCUUGCGGCUGUGGGAUGUCUACAUCCUGGAAGGAGAACGGGUUCUGACAGCCAUGGCGUACACCAUCCUGAAGCUGCACAAAAAACGCUUACUGAAGAUGUCCCUGGAAGACUUACGGGAAUUCCUGCAGGAGAAAAUUUCUGCUUCUUUGCAUUAUGAAGAUGAUGAUAUUAUUGAACAAUUGCAAACGUCCAUGACUGAAUUGCGCAAAAUGAAAUUUGACCUUCCACCCCCAGCAAAACCUGAAGAAUUCCCUAAGAAACCAUUGGGGCUGGAGCUUUCUCUAAAUCUUGUGGCACUGAAACCCAGCAUUGCAGCGAAUGGGCAGAAUAAGGCUGCCACUGACUUCGACCCUGACAGAGAUACAAAGCUGUCCCCUCCAAACAACAGCCCCGCUCAUCUGAAUGAUACUAUUGGUAAUGCGAGCGUGGCAAUAAACGAGAGGCUCCCACCUCUGCAGCAGGAUGGGCCUCCCUCGCUGGCAGCAGCGCCAGAUGUGCAUCAGCAGCCAUUAAAGGGCCACCAGCGACGCCAAGAGGAAAACCAGCAUGGAGAAGAAACUCAAGUGGAGUCGCCAAAGACAGUUGCUGGUGAAACCCCAUCACAGGAGCGGUCUCCUCCUGAGGAGAAUGGGGCCCUCCCGGAGAGCCAGGAUGCACUGCCAGGGAGCAGGGAGGCUGUCUCACAAGAGAGUCCUCAGACUCUCCGUGCAGGAAUGGGUGAAGGGGAACUGCAGGAACGUAGCCCCUCCCCUGUUGUAGGCAACACAAACCAGGCCAUUCUCCAGGCAGCUCAGCCGUUGGCACCUCAGCAAGCACAACCCGAAGGGACAGCCGAGGACAACUCUGCAGGGGACAUUGCCACCCAGAGCCACAACCCCCAAGUAGACCUGUCUGUCAAUCACAAUAAAACAUUAGCAAGUCAGGAGUUGCCAAACCAAACGCUGUCUCUUCCAUCCCUUGCUGAACAAAGACCCUCAGAUGCUUCUGUGCAAAACGUCUCGGAGAGGCCUGAAGACACAAGCGCUACCAUCUUCCCGGUGGGUUUACUGACAGGGCCGCCUCUAGAGCAGCAGCACCGGCCUCCCAGUACAGACUCGCUCUCAGCACCAGAACAAAACCUUGCUUCUCCUUGCGGUUUGUCAGAGAAAGGACAAGUGCCUGUCUUGUGUAUGGAGAAGGCCCUUGUUACUCUCUCUCUCCCUCUGCAGGAUGGUAGACGACGGCCUUCUAACGUAUCUCAGUAUGACAACAUAUCUGAGUUGGAAUACAGUGAGGAUAACUCUUCUGGGCAGGUGCCCAGGACCGAGAAUCUUAGCGGAGCAGUGCCACAGAACAAACCAGAUUUAAAAUCCUCGGUACCCAAAUCUGCAUCUGUGGGUGAGAUUGCAGAUCUGGGGAUGCACUCAGGAGGGAGCACAGACUCAGCACAGCAGACAGUAGGACUGGGCCACCCAGCCUUCAACUUGCUUCCUCAUCAGAGACUGUCUGGUGGCAGCGGCAGUGUGCCAAUCCUAUCUAUGCUUGACUCUGGGGCAGUUCAGCUGGCAGAGGGUCUCCACGAUCGACACCUGUCAUCCCCGGCUUUACAGGGGCAGUCCAGCCCCUAUAAAAUAGUUAAGACCACCACCCCACUUCACGUGGCUCAUGCUACGGAGCAGGACUUGUUGAACCGAAAAAAAAAUGGCACUGCCUUUGCAAGAGGGCAGUCAUCACAUAGGUGCAGCCUUGACGGCAGCUGAUGGAGGGGCAUUUCCUACAGCUGCAGAACUUGAGGCGGUGGCUGCCAGUCACUGUGCGCAGAAGUCAUUAAAUGCAUUGAGAGAGCCGCGUCCCUGUCUACACCCAAAGCCAGAAAUACCACCCAAGGUUGCCAAAGCCCAUUCAGAGAACAGUUUCUAUCCAGGCUGCACUUCUGCAAUGCAGAUGUCCAAAUCAGUGACAUUUUAGCAGGGGUAGGGGCGAAGAGGGGGAACAAACAAUAUAAUUACAUUCUGUCUAUUCAUGAGACAUCCUUAUAAAGGUUUGCAACUAAAAGGCAACACAGCCCAGGGUAGAGAUGACAGGAGAUGAUCCUGUGCUGAGCUGUGUUUGGUACGAAUGUUUGGGGGCAACGUGUGGCAUGCAGGAGUUGGUACCGUGGCCAAUACACAAUGUAUUGGUGCCGGGGGUGGUGGAAAAAGUCUGCGGGGUUUUUUUCUGUGGACAAAUCACAAAGUGCUUUCACCCCUGCUUGUGUGCAGAGAGGCAAAGCUGGUUAAUGUGCUAAAUAUUUUGACUGUUUUUUCCCAUCAUUUUUAUAAACACAGGAGCUUGAUCUCAUAAACCAGAGUUUAGUUUCUGUUAACAUGGGAAUACGAUGCAGAGGGGUUUGAGCUGCUCUUACAGACAGAGCAGCUUUGGGAGAGAAAGCGAGACAGGGGCCUUUCUUUACAAACGAGCACUUGGUCCAUGUGGCCAGUCGCAUUUUCCCAAUGGCCUUUGCACCAAUAGAUUUUUCCGAAAUCCUAACAGCCAGCAGUCCUUCGAACAAGGCUACUGAGUAUUCUCACCAGGGAAGCCAGCCUUCUGUAAAGUCUGUGCAACAUCCAGCUCUAUUCCAGAAAUCCCGGUGAGCACUGCUCACGUCCCAGGGGAAAGACAGUGCAUCUUUUCACCUCGAGUGCAAUGGGGCGGUGUAGUAGGCCCGUUCUUAGUUCUCUAGCUCUUUUCCAUUUGCAGUGGGAGGUUUCCUGAAGGGAAGCUGAAUGUUGUGUGCUGAAGUGCCCUUCUGUUCUCGGUGGGUUUGUUCCGGGCUGCGCUGUAGCUAGGAUUUGUCAGAAAGCAAAGUUAACUUCUGAUGCAGGCAGAAGGCAAGGUGGGAAAGAUGCGUUUGCCAUGCUCCUCCACCAGCCUGAAGAAGGUUUGUGCUGAUCCACUAAAUGUUUGUUCAGAUUCCUUGAGUUCCUCGUGUGAUAGGGACAGAAGGUCGAAGUAGAGCUACAAUCAGUUUUCCAGCCUGCCUGUCUUGUCCUUUUCUCUGUGAAGCCAGGACAGUGAGCGGGCUCGCUGCUGUAGGACUGACUGAAAGGAAAAGGAGGCCACUGCCUCGGUAAAUGACCAAUCAGUGCGUAGCUAUGCUAAUAAACACAGGAUGUAUUCUUAUUUCAGCAAUGGAGGCAGUGCCCUGGCUGGUCUUUUGCGUUAGCUAGCAAGCCACAAGAGUGUGAUAGGGUUUGAUCACUUCUCAUCAAAAUUCCAAAACCUACACUGGUCCCUGCUUUGAGCAAUUGAAGUGUCAGUGUGGAACCACACUGGAGUUAGAAAGGAAGGUGGCAAAGUUCUGAAAGCCUUGGCUGAGCUCCUCCUUGAAACAGUCUGGCUGUAAAUCAACAGAAUAAGAAGCUGCCAAGAGAGAAUCUUGGCUCAAAGAUUCAGAGGAGGAGGCCUUUCCUGUAAAGCUUAAAGCCUGUGGUCCAGAAAUGCAAAUGUCUUGUCUUUGAGAAUGAAGAAAGUUGGGGCAGAUUUCUUUCCCCAUGAGCUGUAAGCUUGCUUUUAAAUAUUCUGUAAUUAUGGGAAAAUGCCAGUCCUGCUUUCUGGUUCAGGAGCCUGAAUUACUGUAGUACAGCAUACAGAGCUCUAGGCAUGGUUAUGACAUCCGUACUUUGUAACAGGGAACCUGAUUCCACAGAAUUAACUACAGGUGAUGCCUCCUUCAACAGCUGAGGAUGCUUUGAGAGCAUACUUGAGGUCUGCAUAUAGAUAGAUAUACACACGUGUCCCCUGAACACUGGUUAAAGGCUCCCUUAGGGAGUAGAAAUAUACUAAAAGCCUGAACCAAUGUUCAAUGAAGUCAAUGGAAAGACUCCCAUUGACUUUCAUGGGCUUCGGACCAGCUCCUAAACGUGUCCUAGAGAUUAAAGCCAUAAAGGACAUCUAGAUCAUCUAGUCUGACCUAUAGCGAUCAUUUCGCCCAUGAGCAUGUGAGCAAGAACCAGCCAGCCAAGCAGAUGAAAGAGAGAGAAUGCUUGGUGCCACCUCAGAGCCCUGGCCCACCCUGUCCAGUGUCUCACCUCCAGCCAUGGCCGAUGUCUUGGAGGAAGGAGACCUAAAACAACACCCAGAAUACAUUGUGUGUGGGGGGUUCCUUCCUGGCCCCCUGCAGGUGACCAGCUGGGUGUGGUGGUUCUAUGUGGAUGUAGAUGACAGCUCGCAAAGGGAGCUCCCCAUUUCUCUCUCUCAAGAGGUGGCCUGAGCACAGCACUGGCAGCCAGCAGCUCCUGUUCUAAUUCCUGUUCUCCCACCAGCUUCCUCUUUGGCCUUGGGCAAGUUGCGUAACCUCUCUGCCUGCUUUCCCCAUCUAUGAAAUGGGGUAAGCAUCCUGACUGUCCGACCUCACAGGGGUGCGGUGAGGAUUAGUUGUAAUGUUUCUAAAGCGUUUGGAGGAGGAGAGGCGCUCUAUAAAUGCUAAGUCUUAUGAUUCUCGGCCACCACAGCUCAUUUUCAGUUGUAGCGAAAAGGUGCUUGAGCUUUUAUUUUAGUGGUCCUUUCCCAAUAGCUGUGCAGUAGUUUGGAGAGUAACAUGUCUGAGUGUGUAAUCCCCGGGCAGUAUUUCUGCAGGACGAGCAGUAUCCUUUAGUUAGGAACUGUGUGUGUCCCCUUGAGCUCUAGAAGCCAGUAGGCAAUGGAAAUUGUUAAAGUAGCUGCGAUCUCCUGCUAGGCUUGGUUUCUGUGUGCUGGGGUCUGUUUUCUCCUCCAAGCACACAUGUAACUUCCACUAACCUGAGUGGGAGUUGAGCUCACACAUGAGAUAGGAGAUUAGACCCCUUUACUUUCACUUUUCUGCUUGCUUGGCCUUCCUCCCACUGCGUCUGUUGCCGUUCUGGUGUAUGUAGGCAGUGUGAGGUCAGAGAUGGAGCGUAUCUAGGACCUCUUGUAAAACACACUUUUAAUGGCGAUUGACUUUAGAACACUGAAUAGCUGCCUAACGCACAAUACUUGCCAUGCAGGCCAACAUCUCACGUACGCUGAAUUCAGGAUGCAUAUCUCCUUUUUUCUCAUGAAAUCUCACUGGGGAGAGGCCAGCCAAGCUAAUUCCAAGUGUGUAUUUUCCAAGAAGCAUUUGGGUUUUCCUGAUCUUCUGUCUGAGGUAGUAGCUGAAAUAUAUAUACAGUGUUCUCCUAAAAUAGGAUUCCAAUUGGAAGCUUAGCACCCGUUCCAAAGUCUAUUGAACUCAGUGGAAUGACUCCAGUGGACUUAGAUUCAGACUGCUAAUGAUCCCUGCAGCAUUGUACAGCUCGUGGUUUAGGAUCACCUUCCUCUUCAGUAAGAAAAGUGCCAUCGUUGAAGGCCACAGCACACCAUGCUCCACCAUAGUCUGAGCAGCUAGGACCUCUAGUCCUCAUUAAAGGUGAGGGGGUAGGUGCCAUCAGUCCCUAUAGUGUCUUCUCUUCACCAGGCAACCCCCACCCUGCUCCAAACUGGUUCAUUUGCUGCCUUUUGGACUUAUUCCAAACUGUGAGGAGAAGGCAAAGCCAUUUGUGUCGUCUGGGACGGAGUGUGUUUCUGAGGGGGAGCGAGGAGCUGCUGCUACAGCCAUGAGACUCUUGCCUUCUUCCUUCAUCUGUGUCUUUGCACAAAGGUUUUACUGGCCCAAACUGCCAGAGCCAGCUGCUACGGGUGGGUAUCAUUGGAGCAAUGCCUCAUUUAUAAACAGGCAUAUUACUUUUUUUGUUUGUGAAAUUAACAUUUUACAUACAAACCAACUUAAAUCUUUCCAUUUCAAUCUAUUGUUGCAAAUGACCAUUUAAGCAUGUCAGGUUCAGGCAUUCCCUGGGCUUGCAAGUAACCCUUCUGACUCCAGUCAGUUCUGUUCAGGUUCUUAUACUGCACCCCCCCAUUGUGGUAUCUGGGCUUGAUAAGGAGCUGUGUGGUAGCAGAGAUAGGAACGAUUACGCCCAGCUUCACAUAUGUGGGGGGAGUAGAGACAAGGGCUCCAAGAGACAAGGAGGACUCAUGCGGGAGGAAGGAGGGAACAAAUUGCAAGACACUUCUACAAAUAAUGCAUGGCUCCUAGGAUGCCCCCAAUCAGAUGGCAAAGCCAGCAUUAUUUCAUGCUAACUCAGGAAAACAGCUUCCUCCCCCAACGUAUCCUUUACUUAGCUGAAAUAUAUGUAGUUUUAAAAGAGUAGUUUUUUUUGGUGUUUAGGCUUUUUUGUUGGUGAACUAGCACUUUGAGCAGAGACUGUGCAGCCCUGUGGCAGGAAUGCAGCACCAGAGUUCAGGAAACUCCUGUCCUUGAAACUGUAACCUUUCCAUUUCAGUGGACUAGAGGCUGGUGUGUCUCUUUGGUGCACUUUGAGAGAUCUGCUACCAUUGGCUUUUAUUUUCAGUUGCUACUUUUGUUUACAACGUGGAGAUCUUCCUUUGUGAUUCUUUCUAAUGUAUUGUUAUUACUUUAAACCAUUGUUAUGUGCUUUUUUUUUUGGUAAGGGAGUUUGAAAAGCAAAAUGCUCAUUCCUUUUUACGCUGAUCCAAACAGACUGUACAUAGUGUUCAAUGCUGUGUUUUACAUGGUUGUAAUGACAGUUUAAGAAGUUUAGCAUAAACAGCUGCAGAGUGUUUUUCUUCUAGGGCAAUGCACUACAUCCCCCUGCUCCUGUUUCCUUCAAUUCACUGCAUUGGCUGCUUAUUCCAUUGGGGUGGGGAGAUUAAGAUUUGGGUUGUCUCCUUGGACUUCAACGUCCCUGAUUUUAUAGUGUAAUUAAAACUGUCUAUUGCCUGCUUGCCCCCUGAUGCAGUGCUAGCUGCUCAAGGGUCCUAGGUUCUGGAUACAGUUUGUGUAGAGCUGGAGCUUUAAGGGCACUGCUCUCAAA